AUAACGGAUCUUCAAGAGGCAAAAGGCAAUGAUUACUUAGCAAUUAACCGCACGCAUAUUCCAAAAAGAUCCAGCUGGUCCAAGUUUCACUUUGACUCCAUUAAAAGUCAACUGGGGUAGUAUCUGUAUUGCACCAAACAACUUUAACAAACCCAAUUACUAUAGAAUCAUGAGACACACUCCGAGGAUUGGUGUCCACUGUUUCUUUGUGUGUUUCAAUAUAUUGGUGUUGUUGAGCGGUGUUUGUGAAUCAACAUCAUCCUCUCUCCACUGUAAAGCAUGGUUAGUGCAAUCGAUUCCCACCAAUAUGCCCCACCUAUCCCAUGUUCCCGGCGUCCUCUCUACUGGGGAUGUGCUUCGGUGGCUGGCUGCAAACUCCACCACGAGGCUUCACAUAAUUGCUCAGUACUGGCAGCUGCAACCUUCUCCCAACGAUCCUCGCUCUGGGGACUAUGGUUACUCUCAACAUCAGAUGCAUGAAUUUGGUGCCCAUCAAGGUGUUGCCCUUUAUCAAGCAUUAGAUGCUGCUGCUGAACGUAAUGUUAGCAUCAGGUUACUGUCCCACUCUGGAGUGUAUCCAACGUUUACCUUAGAACCAUCCAAACUUGCUUCCGGAAGGCCUAAUGUUGAGAAUGUGACAUUGCUGCUAGAGGAUUGGUGGGGCUCGGGCAUUGUCCAUGCCAAAGUUUGGAUAUCUGACAGUAGGGAUGUGUAUCUUGGAUCUGCAAACAAUGACUGGAAAUCUCUUACGCAGGUCAAGGAACUUGGAAUUUAUUUUGCUGAUUGUCCUGGAAUAGCUAAAAAGGUUGAGGUCUACUUUGACAAUUUAUGGACGCUUGCAUCUCUUAAUUCCUCAGCUUACACAAAAAAAGUGUUUGAUCAAGAGUGGCAAGUUGAGAGAAAGGUUCCUUGCUGGUCGCAUUUCGUUGAUCGUAGAGAGAGGUGCAAGUCACCUCUUCCUCAAUAUCUGAAGACUCCUCAUGUUGCAGGAUAUCCUAUUCUGUCUGACCCAUAUAUGUUUGAGGUUUCAUUUCAAACUCCUGGGAGUAACCUUUCAACAAAGCUCCCCCAAGUCAGCUAUCUAUCUUUUGCACCCUCAGAGCUAUUAUUUGGCAAAUAUCAGGCUGAUGAGCAGGCAUGGAUUGAAACAAUUAAGUCAGUUGGAAAAAAGGGGACAGUUAGAAUCAGCACCAUGGACUGGCUAGGUCAGUCAGAAUUUAUGGACCAAACAAUUUACUGGUCAUCCCUAUCCUCUGCAAUAUCACAGGUGGUGUUUUCUAAGAAUGCAACAGUGCAGAUACUUGUGGCAUAUUGGGCACACUUCAUCAAUAACACAGAUGUGUACCUGAAGUCCCUCCUCUACACCAACAAUCUCUGCUCUUCCUCAAAAUACAACACAUGCUCUGGGAAAGUUGAGAUAAAAUACUAUGUGGUUCCAGGUUUCAACAUGACAGGACCUGCCAUCAAGGGUGGAACUAGAACAGGAAAUAUAUACCCUGGAUUUACAAGAGUCAAUCAUGGAAAAUAUGCAGUUAGUGAUCUAAGGGCACACAUUGGGACUAGCAAUCUUGUAUGGGACUACUUCUAUACAACAGCUGGUGUCAGCUUUGGGACAUAUAACACUGCCAUUGUCUCUCAACUUAGGGAAAUUUUUAAUGCUGAUUGGAACUCACCCUAUGCUGUUCCAUUUGAAGAGCUGGAGAAAACAAGAAGUUCAAUCUAACAUUAUUUUAUGAUAUGUAUCCUCCAAAACAUGAAUAAAGCCAAUGCACGUUGCAAAGAAAAAGAAAAGAAAAUUAGUUACCCGUUGUUCAGAAAAAUUGUGGUAUAUUUAUUUUGAUGGAUCAGCCACAGAAAGAUGUAAGAAAACCAAAUUAACAAUGAAGCAAUGCCAACGACCAUGAGAUAAACACUUGUUUA